AACAUACAUCUAUGAUCUAUAAAAUAAAAUGAGAAGGAAAAAAAAGUAGACAUAAAAUCCCAAGCACAUAUAAUAUAUAUUCUCAAGAGAAUAUAGUUAUCAAAGUAAACCCUAGUUAAAAAACAAAGAAAAAUGAGCAAAGUCUUGUGCUUGGCUGCUCUGAUGGUGGUGCUGGCUGUAUCAUCAGCACAGGCACAAAAUGUAGAAAUGCCGCAAUGUGUUAGCGAGCUCGGUCCUUGUGGGCCGUUCACUAACUCGACAACUGUAGCGCCACCAACGCAAUGUUGUCAGCCUCUCCAAAAUCUGAUUCAGAAUGAUCUCAGCUGUCUUUGUACAGUUUUCGCCAACGUCGAGUUGGCGACAACCUUGAUGAUUAAUGUCACUGAGGCAGCUACUCUUCCACAGCGUUGUAACCUCCAAAUCGAUUUACUUGCUCGGUGCCAAGCCCUCAUGGGCCCAUCAAUGGCACCAUCAAUGGGCCCAUCAAUGGUACCAUCAAUGGCCCCAUCUAUGUCUCCUGAAAGAGUUCCAACUCCAGCUCUUAUGACGCCAUCAGAUGGACCAUCAGCAAUGUCCCCAGGUCUUAUGGCAGCGCCAAUAGAAGGCCCGUCAAUGUCUCCAGAUUUUAUGGUACCAUCCGAAGUGCCAUCUUCAGCUGAUGCACCGAUUUCAGGAAAUGGAGAAGCCCCAGAUCUAGCUCCAGGAGCUGGUGGACCAGCACCUUCAAUAGGUUCCGGAAUGAAUUCUGCAGCUAACGGUGCUUCGGCAGGACCAAUUUCAGGCUUGAUGUUGCUCUUGGCAGGAUUGAUGUUCUUUUAGGAGCAUUCAAACUUCCAAUUAAAUCGCUCUACAUUAAUGAUGCUGGCAGUGCAACUAUUACGUACAUGCAGGCAUUUUUUUACGUAUAUGUCGAAGAAGUCUAACAUUUGAUUUUUCUCAUUUUUUAAAAAAAUUUCUCCCACUUUUUGAUUUGUGUCGUGAUGUUUGUUUGAAUAACAUUUGAUAGUGUAUU